AUGAGUACGGAACAAGAAGAAUAUCUAGCUGAUGAAUCACCCCAAGGAUUGACCAUGGCGACACCAACAUUAUUUAACAAGAUAAAUUGUUGGCUAGCCAACAUAUUUGCAUCCUUCCUCUCAUUGCUCUCAAUGCCAAACCGACAAUCUCAUUAUAACAUUGUGCCCAUUAACCCUUACCAGCCUUUACCGUACCCACCAAGCAAAUCGAAACGCUCCAAAUCCCCCCAGGAGACGGCCAUAGUUUGCCCUUCGAGCAAUUCAGCUGGCUCACAGGUGUCAAGCCGGAAAUUUAAAGACGACCUUGCUGCAAUCAACAACAAUCUCCAAGGAGACCAACCUGCACCAAUCAACGGCUAUCCAAUUCCAAUAGACACUCAACAUAUGCUCAAUGGGCCGCCUACUCCUCCUGCCACCCAGCAGCCAAACAAAACUUGUAAUGACCCAGCGCCCCAACCUCCCAAUGACACUGGCGGCACCUGCAAUGGCAUACACGGAAGAACCGCCCCGCGUCAUAACUUGCGAAAGAAUGCCGGAUGCCCUGCGAAUGCAUGCAAGGCGUGUUGCUUGAUGUUGAACACCACCGUUCCGUGUUUGAAGCACAAUGCCAUGAAUUCAAUCGACCAGCGGAAACUGCAGACCAACCAGCGGAAACAACAGACGACUCAACAGACUCAACAAGCUGACAUCCUCAUCGCCUCAGCUGAAGAUGGAAAUGGAAACACAAUGAACCACCCAACUAAACAGGGUGACCGCAGCAUGGGACGUCAGGUGUAUAAGAACCGGCUCCCCUUGUCAUAUCUAGGAGAGUUUAGGGCCUUGCAGUUGUCAGAUCAAGCCGAAGAACGAUUACACACAGCGAAUGCUGAGCGAGCAAAAAGAUCGAUUGCUCUGGUAGUGUGGGGUUCCUCAAGAGACAAUCCACAUGAUUUCUGGGCCGGUAUUGUGAAAGCAGAUAGCUGGCCUCAAUUCUGUCUUUCACAGUCAAAUGACAUCAAAGCGAUGGUUGAGCAUCAGCUCGGCGCAGAAUGGAAUGGAGGCUUGCAAGUAUGGAGCGAAGAACAUCAACUUUGGCUUCAUACCCCCAUGGACAUAUUGGUGACGUAUCCAGUCAACACACGCAAACUGCUAGUUGUAUUUCCACGAGUGGAUCCCCUCAAAUGCAAGGAUAUUGUUAGCCAAUUAGCUUCGGUUUCCACUGGCGGCAAAAAAGAAAGAAUGAAUCUCACAGCCUUCAUACAGCAACACGCCUCUGAAUCACCCCAGAAGGAAAAGGGCAAGGGAAGGAUGGUCGAUCUACUGUCAUCACCCCCGACCCAAUCACUUUCCCCACUUGCCAAUAAGCAACGCGCAAGCACCUCCAAAAUCUCCACAGGCGAGACCUCAUCCUCAGCUGUUGAUAUCGAAAAACGAGGGUCACAACCGAACAAACGCGCUCGCUCACCUUCACCCAUUGUAUUGUCCGACAAUGAAACAACAGUUCUGACGACACCUAACGGACCAGUUCCAACCACACCUACAGGAUGGCCAGGCAAGACCGUCGUCACAAUGUCCAAAAUGAAAUCAUUCUUUGACCUGACUAUGGAACCUUGGAAUAAAACCAACAAAGAAGCUUUCAAAGCUGUUUUUGGGUCCCGCUACAACUAUGUAGAUUCAACUGUCUCAACAUAUCAACAAUGGCUUAAAUGUGUCACGUCAGCAAGACUUAAUCCUUAUGUAGCCAUCCAUGGCGACCAGCUCGUUAAGCAUGGCCCAAAGCAUUUCAAAACAGAGUGGAAGGCAGCUGACAAUCACCAAGCCGACCUGUAUUAUUAUAUUUCUGAUGUAUUAAUUACCGUUUCUAACUUGUUAUAUAUCUAUCAGCAAAUGAAACCAAAGAAACUCUUACGCCCAAUGUCAUGCCCCCUUUUAUCUUACUUGAUACUUAAAUCUAACAUUGUUUGGAAAUCUCACCUUGUUUUGUUUGGCCAAAAAUUAGAUAGGAUCAGAAUGCUGUCUUUCACUCAAUCAGCAUCCAAAAAGAAAGCUCCUCCACCUAGUACUCCAACAUCUGAACGUUCUCCCGGGGUCACUGACCAGACCCAUGUAUCUGAAAGUGAUGAAGGGACUCUUGGUGGCGUCGUCAAGAGUGCAGCUGAUCGUGUUUGGGACAGGAUGUCUGAUCCUGACACAGCAUCAGCUACCACUUCCACCAAUAAUGGGUCACCCUCUGUGAUCACAACGUCGACUACCUUACCAACUAGUUCUUUGGGUAAAGAAAAGAGUUGA